UGUGUGUGUGAGGACAUGGUGUUUUUGCACAGGUAUAUGCUCCCCUCAUAUGUUAAUUAUAUGUCUGUGUGCCUGUGUUUAUAUGUGUGUGAGGACAUUGUUUCUGUACAGAUAUAAUGUCUCCACACUAAAAGAAUAAGGACUAAAGUAUCAAAAAUAGUUUUGUCUUUCUUAUACAGCUAAUCAUCAGAUCAGGUGUACAUAGCAGAUAUUGAUUUGUAUCUGUCCUCAUAAUGGUAAAUAUUUAUGUGCUAUGUGAUUACAAAUCAUCACAAAGACAGAAAGCCAAAAACAAACACAUGAGUGACGUAAUGCUCAAAGAGACUGAAAAAGUCCAUGGGGUGACAGUAAGUGGCAGCCUGUGUGUUUCCUCCAAUCAAAGAGGUUAAACUGUGUCCUCUCCAGGCAGCAGCAGCACCACGUGUUGGUGACAGGUACAGCACCUGCUGCUGCUGAUGCUGCUUCGAGUGCGUCACCCACUUACAGUGAGGACAUCGAACAACAGGGGAAGGAGGAGCUAUCAAAGAGGGGGAGAGCACAACUGCAGUAUCCUCUCAACUGGUCUGAAAAGAGACCAAGAGGAAGAGGAAAACUGAAGGAAGAAGAGUCCUGAUACAGUCGGGUCACCUUGUUUAUACACAGACGUCUGCAGCAUCACCUCCUCCCUUCCUCACACACACAUACACACACAUCCUGUUCUUGUCCCUCCCUCCACCACAGAGCGCUGUCACGACUCAUCUAUUCGUCUGGAAUCUGAGGGAAACCCUGGAAGAGACACAACAGUCGCUGUGCCAUCUUCAGAAAAGGCUCCGACUUCACACUGACCAUCAGUUCCCCUUCGAAACCCACGCAGCCCGGACAGACAUCCCAGCGUUCUCCUGAUCAAAAUGAGGAAGGGGCUCCAGAGUGAUCAAGCUCAUACAGGGCAUCAGCACAGCAACGAGGAGAUAGAGAAGGAGGUAUGGAGGGAGACGGAGGAGAAGGAAUGGCAACACAGGAGGGCUGAGAAGAAGCUGCUGGCCUUCUGGAUGUCCUUGUCCCACAGGACCUGGACCUUCUUCAGGCCACGUGAGAGACCGGGCUUCCAGCGCUCUGCCUCGGCCGCCCGGCUGCUGAAGAGUGAGGCAUGAAGAGUGGAAGUGCGUGUGUGGCUGUAGUGAGUGUAUGUGUGUGUGGAGGUCUGUCAGUAGCAGAGUGUCAUGAGAGGCCUCACAGACCUGCUGUCAAGUGGACGUGUGUGUGUGUUUGAGUGUGUGUGUGUCCUAAUGUGUGUGUGUUCCAUUCAAGUGGAUGAAAGCAGCUAUCGCCGCCUCGUCGAGCAUUUGCAAAAGUACUUUGUGUUGCUGCCGCACUAGUUCUGGAGUGAAAGGUGAAGGGCAAAACAAGCUUGUGGAAUCCUUAUUUGCUGUUUUUUCCAAAAAUACUUCAAGGAUAAACAUUUUGGGAAAAAGAAACAUCUCCAGUAAAUUCUGAAAAAGCCUCAAGUGAGGCAAACGAAGACAGGAAAUCUUCUUCUCUGCCUGGUCGAUGUUCCCUCACUCGAAAUGGAUCAUUGCAUCCUCCUCAAGUCGGCCUGAGUGACUGAAUAAAAAGUUCAGAAGCUGAGUUUUGCAGCGCAAAAGAGCUGCUCCUCCCACCCUAACACUACUUUCCAGGCAGGAAUGGGUUAACAGGGAUUGGCAAUGGUAGUGACCCAUCUGGCUCUGGAGCUGCGUUUCCAGGGGAAGAAGCUGAGGGGCUUCUCGUGCAAAUUGACCCGCUCGGCCCAUGGCUUUCUGCCAGAGAGCUCGUGGAUCAUGGCUUUCCAAGUCCUGCUGCCAUACCUGGUGUCCGGCCUGGGCAUGGUGGCAGCCGGGAUAGUCAUGGAUAUAGUGCAACAUUGGGAAGUGUUUAAGGAAAUCUCAGAGGUGUUUAUCUUGGUGCCAGCCCUGGUGGGUCUGAAGGGGAAUCUGGAGAUGACAUUGGCAUCCAGACUGUCAACAGCAGCGAACACAGGGCAGAUGGAUGAGGCUCAGCAGCAGUGGAGGAUGGUGCUCUGUAAUCUGGCUCUCAUUCAGGUCCAGGCCACAGUAGUAGGCUUCCUGGCAGCGGUUGCAGCAGUUGGUCUCGGGGGUUUGACCAGAGGGAGCGUGGAUGUUAUCCAGGCUGCUGUCCUGUGUGCCAGCAGCGUCACCACUGCUUUUAUCGCUGCGCUGUCUCUAGGUCUGGUGAUGGUGGCAGUUAUUAUUGGAUCCAGGAAAAUGGGCAUCAACCCAGAUAACGUGGCCACACCUAUCGCUGCCAGCCUCGGAGACCUCAUCACUCUGUCUCUGCUUGCUGGGGUCAGCAGCUUCUUUUUCUGUUACAGAGACAUGUGGUUCAUGCCUCCUGCUGUGUGUGGCUUCUUCCUGCUCCUCAUCCCAGCGUGGGUUGUUAUCGCCUGUCGCUCUCCACCAAUCAGAGAGGUCCUAAAGUCAGGCUGGCAACCUGUCAUUUUGGCCAUGUCCAUCAGCAGUAUUGGUGGUCUGAUUCUGGAUAAGACGGUGAGCGAUCCAAACUACGAAGGCAUGGCAGUGUUCACUCCAGUCAUCAACGGUGUAGCGGGAAAUCUGGUGGCCAUCCAGGCCAGCAGGAUGUCCACCUACCUCCACUACUGGGGUGUUCCUGGAGCUCUUCCAUUUGAAAUGAGUGGGAACUGUCCCGGACCCUGCACUACCUUCUGCUCCUCAGAUGUGAAUUCCAAAUCAGCCAGAGUCCUGGUCAUCCUUGUAGUCCCGGGUCACCUCCUCUUCCUGUACACUAUCCAUCUCCUGCAGGGAGGCCAUACUGCCAUGACGCCUAUCUUCAUUAUCUGCUACCUGUCUGCAGCUCUGCUUCAGGUGCUGAUUUUGCUUUACGUGGCCAGCCUGAUGGUGCAGUGGCUGUGGCAAAGGGGACUGGAUCCAGACAACUUUUCCAUCCCUUAUCUCACAGCUCUGGGUGACCUGUUGGGGACUGGCUUCUUGGCUCUGAGCUUCAGACUGAUUCUGAUGGUCAGUUCUACUGGGACUGGAGUUUGACAGAGACACGUGGUCCUCUACACACGUAACACACUGUUCUCUAUAUGCAAGUGGCUGAAACACACUGCAGAGUUCACUGGAUUUAAGAUGGAAAGUGAUGAGGAGAACACAGGAGGUAAUCCUGUGGGGACAUAAAACUAUUUUUUUGCAAGCUUAAAUAUUUUAUUUCAUAGUCAUAUUAUUAUGCAAAUAAUAAUUUAAUAUGAGCAAACCUAUUCUGUGCCCAAUGAAUGCAUUUAUCUGUUUGAUUUUAUCAGUAUAAGUGCUCUCUAAUUCCCUGUUCUGCAUGUUCUUAAACCUAUUUAGUUUCCUCACUGUCUCUCAUGCUCCCUCAAGAUCUCUGCUCAAGUUGCUCAGUCUGACUCUGGAAUUUUAGAGGCAGCAUACAAAAUCAAUGGGAAGUGCCCGUGAAUUUGCCUGGGGGAGGGCAAACUGACGCAAGGCAAAAAAAUGUUUCAACUUGAGCAAAAACAUUUGCAGGUUUCCUGGAGCUACAAAGACAUACAGAGAUGAGAGGGAAAACGAGACAGGCUGGAAAGAUGUAUGGUUUCUGGUGAGUUCAGCCAGAGGCUGACCUGAACACGCAGACGCUGUCGCUGCGUCACCUAAUGUACGUUUGGUCCGAUGGCUGGGUGGAGAAUAUAAACACAAAUCAUUCAGCAGCUUUCUGUCUGAACACACCACCAGCCGGUCCAAAUAAUGAAUUUGGUCUUCAUGUUUUGUCUUCAAUAGUUGGGUAGUAGGGUUAUUGAUUAUUUCUAAGUAAGGAAGCACUGAGGAAAUGCUACGUAUGGACACCACAGCUACAUAAUAGUAGUUUACACUAAUUUAUUAUCCUUUAUGAAAUUCUGCUUGUAAUAUAGUCUCUUCCUAGCUUAGGCCAGUUGCAAACUGUCAGAUUGUUGCCAGAUAAGCAGUAGCUAACUAAGCUAUCUGGCUAAUUUGAUGAUUGCCAUGAAUCAUAGUUCCUUCAAAAAUUGCUUUGAAAAAGUUGUUAUAGGAAAUGCAUGUGUAAACCCUGACUACAGUGUAAUAUCUAUGUAACUAGCUGACUAAUGGAAAUGGUUUAGAACAGGGGUCUUCAAACUAGGGGGUCCGCAGAGGUACUGCAAGGAGUCCGCCAAUUUUUGCAAUUAUAAUUGAUUUUCACCAAAAUAAUUUGUGAGAAAAAAUCUAACAAAAAUGAUAUUGAGUAAACUGCAAGCAUUAAUAUGCAACAAUAAGCUACUUUUACAAAAACUAUUACUAUUUAUAUAUUAUUUAUAAAUUAUUCCAUUAUGCCUGAAUGUUUUAUCAGUCAUAUACACAUAUAGGCUCAUAACCCAGCGUAUAAAUAGGUUAAUAAGGUGAAAUGAAAGGUGACUAAAGUAAAAAUAAAUGUUAUUAUAGGCCAGGCUUAAAAUGUGACACAUUUAAAAAAAUGAAUUAGAUGUGGGGGUCCCUGUUCUGUUUGCCUCUCAUCCAAGGGGUCCUUGCGCUGAAAAAGGUUCUGCUUUAGAAAGUAAACACAUAACGCACACUUCCUGUAUCUGUAUACAUGACACAGAUUUGGGUGUGUUUAGCCAUUGCAGCUCCCUUUUAGGAGACCAGUUGCAGGUGCUGAGUCCAUCCAGUCUAAGUGAACGUGAGACAGAUUAUGACAGAUUCUUUUUGUCUGUUGUCACUGAAGUAAAUAUAAGACUCAUUUUUCAAAUGCCACGUGUCUUUUGAACACUGACAAAAUGGUAUUUUCCAGACAGACGAUAAGAGAAAAUUAAUUUGUUAAUCUGCCUCAGCAGCAACACACACACUCUUGUGAGAUCUGGCAACACAGAUAUCCCUGGUCUGCUUACACCAAAGAUGAUCUAUAACCACUUAAUUAAAACUUAAAUACAUUUCUGAACUGUCUCAUAUCACGAAAAACAUCAGCUUGUACUGCAUUAGCAUCUGUUAUAGAGACUCUUUGUUAAUAAAUGAUAUAUACCGUAAUGGCAAACACGUAUACAUUUGUUGAACACAGAAUAGAUUUUUGUUUGCACAAAUUAAAUUAUUGAUAGUGUGAUAAUAAUUUCUCCACAAUAUAAUUCUUUAACAUUCUCCGUGCCCAAAAUAUCCCUUUGCACUCAAGAUUGUGCCAUAUAAUAUAAAACCAUACAGAUGCAGCUGCCUAGAAUUGCUGGGCCUUUGCUUUUCUGGUUGGAAUAAAUUGAUAUAUCCGGCUGGCAGACAGCGGCUGCAGUUCCGAGUGGCUGCUACUGUAGAUAAGAGGUGUGGAAACAAGCUGACUCAAAAUAGAAAGAACACAGCGAGGAAAGCGUGGACAUAUUUUGCACUUUGGUCUCUAUGUUUGCCUGCUCACUGUGGUCAGUAGUUACACACUGUUCCCUGGAGCUGCACUUGUCUCAACACCAACACCACCCUGCUUGGCUCUGUAGAAACAAGUGGCAAUACUGUAGGACCACUGUUUGUUUGUUAACCGUUGACACAUCUGUAUACCUACUUGCAAUAAUAAUAAUAUAUAAUUGAGUGUAAAUGUAUGUUAACACAAAUCAGAUGCUGCACUGUCUGGAUGAAUGUUAAAGUUUUUCGUGUUUAUUUUAUGUAGAUUUGUGCCUUUAAACCGUGAUAAGCCUUCAGUUCUCUGGUGUGUUCCUAUGAACUCUAAGUUUGGGGUUACCAAAUUUCUACUGGAUAUAUUAUUUUUUGUGCAGCACAGUGCCACUGAAUAUAGCCUGUUGUUCUUAACUGUCUCCGUGUUAGUACAGUAUGUGUUCCGGAUAUUGAUAAUAUAGAUAUUUAUUUGUGAAGAAAAUGAUUUAGUAUGGAUCUCUCUGUAUGGGGCCUUUUCACUUGUUUGAUAUGCACUUUUAGAACGAUUCUUGUCUUCUUGCACCCAAAGAUGGUAAUUAUCCUAUUUUCACAGUGACAUCAAGCUUGACUGGGCUUUGUAGUGCUCUCACAUUUGUAAAAACAUAUAGAUGACAUCUUUGCAGCCACAAUCUGUCAUUGAAAUAAAAGACUGACAUGGAAGUUGUGAUGUAUUCUGAAGGAUAUCUGUAUACAGAUGCAGUGUGUCAUGUAUCAGGUUUGCCACCUUUGAGACGUCUAAACAUUCAUAACUCUAAUAUCCAAACCAAUAAACAAAUUCUUGCUGAAAUGCAUUUAUUUGAAAACUGUGAGAUAAACUAUCUAUUUUGGUUUGUCUGACUUGUGGAGUCAAAAAUAACACAAUAAAUUAAGGCAAUAUCAUAAUUACACAAAAAAAUGUCUUCCUACAGAACAAAAAAUAAAGUCACAGUUACAAAAGUUGUCAUUGUCUGCAGGGGUGGAAAAAAAGGCCUGUGUUUAAAGGCACAUAUGUUUGGAGACAUUCACUGUCUAAAUAAAGAUUUUAAUACUUUAAUUAAACUACUUCACCUUGUAAAGAUUACAUAUCGUGCAAAUGACAUUUUUGAAACAGCAGACAACCGAAAUGAAAAUAAAAAUUGAAUGGUAUUUCACACAUUCAAAGACAGUGACCGACAUCCUCCGGAUCACCGUUUACAGUAAAAUAAUUUGCCUUCUUCAGGCAACGACUUUGUGAUGAAAUGUCCCUCGUAUCCUUUGUAUGCACAGAGGUUCUUCAGCUCGAUGUUCUGUCUGUAAAAAUAAGUCAUUUAACGUGGAGGGUACAUUUUAAACAGCAUUUGCAGUGUCU